GAACGUCAUGCGCCUGCGCAAACUGUAAGCACAUUCCCCGCUUCACCUCGCAGCUCGUUCCUUUACCAGGCAAACAUCCUCAAGCAAAUAGCUUGAUUUGUUCUUUGUUCUAUCUCUCUUUAGUUAUUAUACGGACUGUUUUAGAUUUCCAGGAUUUGCAAGGAGUACCAGUCUGACUGUAGAUCUAAAUUGAUCAACGUGCAAUAGAUGCUGAUUUCCUCACCAUGGCAACAGAGGACAAGAAACCAGAGACUGACACCAAGCCUCCAGUUGUCCCAUCAGCCUCUGCUAGCCAAAGCAAGACUGCACCUGCAAAACCAAACUACAGUUUGAAAUUCACACUAGCGGGACACACUAAGGCUGUGUCCUCGGUUAAAUUCAGUCCAAGUGGAGAAUGGCUCGCCAGCUCGUCUGCUGAUAAACUCAUCAAAAUCUGGGGCGCUUAUGAUGGCAAGUUUGAGAAAACCAUUUCUGGACACAAACUUGGAAUAUCUGAUGUGGCCUGGUCAUCUGACUCCAACCUUCUUGUUUCUGCGUCGGAUGACAAAACUCUGAAGAUCUGGGACGUUAACUCGGGAAAGUGUUUAAAAACUCUGAAAGGUCACAGCAACUAUGUCUUCUGCUGCAACUUCAACCCGCAGUCCAAUCUCAUCGUGUCAGGAUCGUUUGACGAGAGCGUCAGGAUAUGGGAUGUGAAAACUGGGAAGUGUUUGAAGACAUUGCCGGCUCAUUCUGAUCCUGUCUCUGCUGUUCAUUUCAACAGAGACGGUUCCCUGAUCGUGUCCAGCAGCUACGACGGCCUCUGUCGGAUCUGGGACACUGCAUCCGGACAGUGUUUAAAAACUCUCAUUGAUGAUGACAACCCUCCAGUGUCGUUUGUGAAGUUUUCUCCCAACGGGAAAUACAUCCUGGCUGCCACACUGGAUAACACGCUGAAGCUGUGGGAUUACAGCAAAGGAAAGUGCUUGAAGACGUACACGGGCCAUAAAAACGAGAAGUACUGCAUAUUCGCCAACUUCUCUGUCACCGGGGGAAAGUGGAUCGUGUCUGGCUCGGAGGACAACAUGGUUUAUAUCUGGAACCUGCAGACGAAGGAGAUUGUGCAGAAACUCCAGGGGCACACAGACGUCGUCAUCUCGACUGCCUGCCACCCGACAGAGAACAUCAUUGCAUCUGCAGCGUUAGAAAACGACAAAACCAUCAAGCUAUGGAAAAGCGACUGCUAAACGCCCUCCUUUUUUAGUUUUGGGGCUGUUCAUCUUUAUUAUUUUUCCUACAUUGUGCUGUUCAACAUGAGGACCCUUUUCUAAUGGAUGCUGAGAGCUGAUCAAAUUCUGCAGGGAAAGGCAAACUCCUCUCAGCCCUACGUAUCGUAUCUGCAGCGAACGCGCCCCUCUGGUGCCGGAUUCUCUGCGUCUCAUUAGAGAAACACUGACUUAUUUUAAAAGAUGGUUCUGAAGUUUCAGUAUAAUUCACACUGCAUUUGCCUCUGCUUCACAACAGCUCUUGUACAAUAAAUGUAAUGAUUACUCGUCCUUCCAAUGAGUUGUCUUCAUUUGUGUGGAAAAACUACAGAAAAGCUGAAAUUUGCAUCAAAUACCCUUUUUUAUUUAUAUAAGUGGUACCAAAACGGGAAAUCUAACUCACAUGUCAUUGGAUGUUGGCAGCAGAUUGUUGAGUUUUUUUAAGCAAAUUAUAGUUCGAUGAGGGAAAUAAAGUUUUGUGUGAAUUAAAGUAAUGGUAACCUUUUUUUUAAAGUGUUUUCUUUGUUUAAACUGACUAAAUCUGUAUAUAUCACACUGGCAUAAAGCUUGUUUUAUUCCACCACACAGAUUAGCUCGCAGCUGCGCUCGCUAAUCCAGCAGCAUCUUGCCUAGCUGAACCUGUGGAUAUUUGUUUUGCAUCUGACCACUGCUAAAUAAAAUCCGGUUUUGUAUGUUU